AUGCUUCCAGGUACCAAAAACUUAAGCAGGCUACUGCAGCUAGCUCACAAGUAUGGGCCUUGCUCACCAUUGAAGGGAAGGAAAUCAAAAAUUCCAAGUCUUCACCAGAUUCUCAUCGAUGAUCAAACCCGAGUUAACUCCAUCCAUUCCAAAAUCUCCAACCAACAGCACUCACCGGUAGUAGAUUCUACAGUUAAACUUCCCGCCAACGAUGGUGGUUUCCUAGGGACAGCUAACUUCCUUGUCAAGAUUGGACUUGGAAAACCGGAGCAAAAUUUCACAGUAGAAUUCGAUACAGGUAGUAGUCUCACUUGGAUCCAAUGCCAACCAUGCGGCGCCAACCAAUGCUACACACAACAAGAUCCUUACUUCAAUUCUUCUGCAUCCUCCACCUAUUCCAACACCCCAUGUAGCUCCAACGCAUGCUCGCAACUGAAUUCAGCUGGCUAUGCACAAUCAUCCUGCACCACCAAUUGCCUAUACAAUAUCACCUAUGCUGACAAAUCCUACACUCAAGGCUACUUUGCAACUGAUACACUCACACUAUCUUCCUCUGUUGUCUUCCCCAAUUUCAAAUUCGGGUGUGGUAAUAACAACCAAGGCACAUUUGGUUCUACAGACGGAUUACUAGGCCUCGGCCGCAAUCAAGUCUCCAUGGUAUCACAGACUGCUCAAAUGUAUGGAAAGCUUUUCUCUUAUUGUCUUCCUUCCACAACCAGCUCCACUGGUUUUCUUGCAUUUGGUAGCCAAGUGGGGAGUUCCUCUUCUAAUGCUCAAUACACUCCAUUACUAACAGAUUCCAACAACUCCUCGUACUAUUACCUAAAUAUGACGGGUAUAAGUGUUGGAGGGAAGAAAUUAUCUAUCUCAGAAAGAGUUUUUAAAACUUCAGGAACUAUUAUAGACUCUGGAACUGUCAUCACUCGGCUGGCACCAAUAGCCUAUUCAGCUCUUCGGUCAGCAUUUCGUAAAGCAAUGUCCAAGUAUCCGACUGUGCCGGCACCACAGUAUUCAGUAUUGGACACAUGCUAUAACUUAUCUGGAUAUAGUAAGGUAGAGUUACCAAGCAUAGUAUUGCAUUUUGGGGGAGGUACUGACUUGAAUGUUGAUCAAUCUGGGAUUCUCUUUGGAGAAAACUCAACAAGAUUUUGCUUGGCUUUUGCUGCAAACAGAGAUGCUACCCAUUUGGGGGUCCUUGGAAAUACUCAACAGCUAACAUUUGAGGUGGUUUAUGACGUGGUAGGCGAAAAACUGGGACUUGGCGCUGGAGCUUGUAGUUAAUGAUUUAGUGGUUAGCAAUAAGAAGAGUAAUUAUGCUUCAUCUCCUGAAAGGAAUAAUCUCAAUAGACUUGAAACUUAGGAGCAGCGCCAAGA